CGGCGGCGACAGAGCCGGCAGCGGCGCCCGGGGAUUUCCCUCUGCAUCCGGUCUGCAGGUUGCCUAUCUUCCGGUCGCCGCCGGGCUCUCCGGCAAUUUCGCUGGAGGACGACGGGAGCUAGGUGCAUGGAGGUGUAUUCGGAGCUGCUGGGGAUUCUUCAGUUGCUGCGCAUGAUAGUUGUGGGGGCGCCGGCUAAAGCGAGCGGUGACAGCGCGCCGGCGGAGUCCGACGAGUCGGCCGUGAAGCCAGAUCCGAAGACGCCUGGAUGGAUUAGGAGAGUACGUGUUGGCGCUAAUCCAAUCGAGAGGACACCAUGUCCCGGGAGGAUGGGUGCCCUGGAGAAAUCCAUCAGAGGUUUCGCGGAAAGAUAAGGAGAUGACGUGGUGAAGCCUGAACUUGGGACGACAUUCGACUCACUGACAGAAGCGUAUGACUUCUACAAUUUGUAUUCGUGGGAGAAUGGGUGCGGCAUCAGAUACGGCAAGAGCAGACUGAACCCAAACAAGAGGAAAACAAUGCAAGAGAUUGUGUGUGGAUGCUCGGGGAAACCAUUGAGGGAGAACUCACGGUCGUGUCGAUGUGAGUGCCCUGCUAUGAUUAGGUUGUUAAGGACGUCCGACAAUGGGUGGUAUAUUACUGAGCAUAGAGUUAAGCACAACCAUGUGUUGACUCCAAAUUGUGGGGAGAUGUUGCACUGGCCUUCUCACAAACACAUAGAUGUGUACACUAGGGACCUGAUUCGGAACCUAAGAAAGAACAACAUCAACCUAAGCAAGGUGUACAGCAUAAUCGGGGGGUUCUUUGGGGUGGUCGAGAAUGUACCAUUCACGAAGAGAUCUUUGAGGCACCUGUGUGGCCAGAUAAGCCGGGAGGAAGCUGAUGAUGAUGUUCAGAAAACAAUUGAGGUGUUUGAUGAGCUAGGGGCAAAAGAUCCGGAGUUCUUAUUUAGGGUACAAGCGGAUGAACAGAGCAAAAUAAGGAAUCUAAUGUGGGCAAGUGGAGAUAGUCGGUUGAAGUACAAAUUUUUUGGGGAUGUCGUGACAUUCGGCACAACUUACAGGAUGAACCUAUACGAUAUGCCGUUUGGUCUAUUCGUUGGGGUGAACAACCACUACCAGAGCAUACUCCUAGGUGGGGUGCUGUUGAGAGAUGAACAGGUUGAGAGCUUUGAGUGGGUGUUCACAGAGUUUGUGAGGAUGAUGGGCAGUGUGGCACCCCGAACCAUACUAACGGAUCAGUGCCGGGCUAUGGAGGUCGCUAUUAAGAAUGUACUUCCUAACACGGCGCAUCGGUGGUGUAAGUGGCAUGUGUUGAAGAAAGCCAAGGAAAGUUUGGGCGCAAUGUUUGCGAAAAGAAAUGAGUUUAGGCAGGAAUUUCAUAAAGUGGUGGACCACAUGCUCACGGUAGAGGAGUUUGAGGAGGCUUGGUGACAACUGCUGGAGAAGCACA